AAAUGCCAAACUGAUAAUAAAUAACAACAAACCGAGGAAAAAAUCGCCCCUUUUUCCAAAAAGAAACAUUCCCACCCACGAUGGCCGACGAUCAUUCGGACAGUUCGCUCACAUCGAUCGACGACGAGCGGACGGACAACACGGAGAAUCUGUGCGAAAACCCGACCCGAGACAUCCUGACGGAGGGCUUCUUCCGCCUCUUCAAACCAGUGAUUGACGAUCUGGAAAACAACAUCCGCGGGGCAAGCAAAACACAGAGCGAACUGCGCCAGCAGCUGGAAGAACUGUCCGGUGAGAUGAAGAAUCUCAACUUUGAGAACGAUCCCGUGCUGCACGAAUACUUCAAGCGUAUGGUGCGCGUAAAGCAGAAGGUCGUUGUGAUAAUGAACAUUCUGCAGGGUGCACAGGAGCGGCUAGUGACGCUGUGCCAGCAGCAGGAACUGCAGGCACCCGUACCCGGCACGUAAAGAGGCACACGCCCGAACCAAAGAAUUAUGUAUUUACUAUUCCUCGUAGCCAUCAGCUUUCCUCCAUCCACCAAGAGGCCAUUGCUUUCCGCACUAAUGUAACGUAAUAAUAAUAAUAAUGCUUUUAACGUAACACACCUAA